AUGGCGACCAUAGACGAACUCGCCCAUCUGGUGCUGCGACAAGAGUCCGAAGACGAGCCCACACCAUCAUGCGACACCGGUAACGAAUACGACGGCCGCUUGGGGCUCCGCGUUGCCGCGCUCUUCAUCAUCUGGGUCACUUCAUCCAUCGGUGCCGUUUUCCCCGUCUUCGCGAAGCAGCAUGGAAACCUCAAGAUACCGGACUGGGUCUUCUUCGUUUGCAAAUAUUUUGGAUCGGGAGUCAUCAUUGCCACGGCUUUCAUUCACCUGCUCGCGCCGGCAGAGGAAGCUCUCACAAAUCCUUGUUUGACAGGGCCCAUUACCGAAUACUCGUGGGUCGAGGGUAUCAUCCUCAUGACAAUCUUUGUCCUCUUUUUCGUUGAGCUCAUGGUCAUGCGAUACGGCAACUUUGGUGGCGGUCAUGAACAUGCUCAUGAGGAGGCCCAUCCGCAUCCAGGUCAGAAUAUCGGCAUGGGAACCACCUCUGGCUACAAGGACAAUGCCCAAGAUAGCGCAGAGUCUACGCCGGAGCCAGCGAUUCCCCAUCGUCCCCAACAGAGCGUACAUCUUCCCGGCGAGGACCAUCAUGGACACGCCCGCGAGCACAAUGAUAUCGAAGAUGCCAGUCACCCUCUCAGCUUCGAAGAUUACAAGGCUCAGAUGACUGCUGUCUUCAUAUUAGAAUUCGGUAUCAUCUUCCACAGCGUCUUCAUUGGCUUAACACUUGCCGUCGCUGGGGAGGAAUUCAGCACGCUAUUCGUUGUCUUGAUCUUUCACCAGACAUUCGAAGGCCUUGGUCUUGGUUCCCGGCUAGCGCUUUCCCCUUGGCCGAAGAACAGGCGCUGGACUCCCUACAUCCUCGCCCUCGUCUAUGGCCUCAGCACGCCCGUCGCAAUAGCAAUCGGCUUGGGCGUGCGCAAAUCUUAUCCUCCGGGGUCAUCCACCACCCUCAUCGUCAACGGUGUGUUUGAUUCUAUCUCUGCGGGUAUCCUAAUCUACACUGGUCUUGUCGAGCUCAUGGCACAUGAAUUCAUGUUCAGCACGUCCAUGAAGCGCGCACCGAUAUCAGUCGUUCUGUGGGCGUUCGCCCUGAUGUGUCUCGGAGGUGGUCUCAUGGCCUUGCUAGGGAAGUGGGCUUAA